UUUAUUAUCGCGCUCGCUACCCUUUCGAUGGAAUCAUUUUGAUCAAACAACACGAUUAAUAAUUUUGCACUGAACCAGUAUGUAUCCAUCGAUCUUCGCACGGACUCGGUUUGCUUCGCCGAACUCCGGAAAAGCUCGCGGCUACGGGGGUGGGGCCUCGGGGGUUCGGUCCGUAGCGUCGUUAUUCGACGAACGGCGCUCGUCGAAUGCGUUGACUCUCCGCUGGCUCUCGUGAAGCUUUCGCGUGGCACAGGAUUCCCUUGUGCUCCUCUGUGCUUUCUUGUGCUCGGUUAACUUCGUAUUUUUAGUUUUUAAACACUCGGAAUUAUACGCCAUACGAGCAUACGUGUUUUACGAUUAUAUUUCCUUUGACCUUUUAUUCCGACUCGCAUGUCAAGACGCGUCAGUUAAAACUUUUCAAACAGUUCGUUUUCAUACGUUUUUGGAUGUUGAGAGGCAUGGAUGAUGUGUUUAUAAAGUUUGGUUUACGAAGGCUCAAAGUUAUGUCUUCGCAGAGUCUGUGACAGGCUAGAGCAGCGAGUCUUCGUUAACCUAAAAGGUACUUUAACGAUGCGGAACGUUAAUCGUUAAUCAACACGGAAUAGUGUCGCUGGAUUAGAGAAUUAUCGAGAAAGUGAAAAACGGGUGUGUUGUGAUCUGACAAUUCAAUGGACUUGUCAGGAUAAAUCAAAACGGAUUGAUCAAUGCCCGAACGUGUUCAUACAGGAAAAAUUGUGCUCGGAUAUUCUUACGUGGUUUCUCGACAGUCCCAUUGUCUCCGGGUGUCGUCUGAGUUUCAUUCUGUGAGUGUCCAUCGAUUGACACGUUCGCCACGUCUGGUAAAACGAUACGAUUUGACUUUGUUAUCUCGUUGGUAUCGUUAACGAGGUUGUAAAACAAAAAAAAAGUGUUAACUCGCGAGUGCAUACAGAGUGACUGGAAUUCUAAUAGAGGGUUAUGUAUAUAUGCAUUAUAUAUAUAUAUAUAUAUAUAUCCUUGGUAAAAUACUAAGACAGGAAAUCAUCGCAUGAUGAGGAUCUUCAACAUGCUUCUACAGAUGUUUUUCUACUUUGAAAAAUACUCGAUACGGAAAAUGCUGAAAGCGAAUGCUCGUUAAAGGUUCACCUGUACCGGUAUUCAGCUGCCAACGGGCCUUCCUGGUACGCGCGAUCGUCGUGCUUCGCUAGGAUUGGCAGCACUGGUACUUUCCUCUUGUAGCACAGCAGCAGCCUCUUCCAGCAACGUCAGUGGCUCCUUUAGUGGCUCAUUCUACUAUCCGCAGUGUUGAUUAAGGAACGAAGGUGCGGCUACGCAAAGAAGCGCUAUCGCGACAGUUCAAAGAGAAGGAGGGAAGGAUGAAAGGAUCAGGAUCGGGUAUGAGGAAGGACGAAAACUCGUGAAGAUAUCAGGUAAUGAGGGAGACAGACAGAGAGAAGAAACGUUGAAACCGACGUGACGGAGAAGGACACAAAUGGUGGUGGGUGAUUCCAGGAGGGUUGAGGGAGGUUUUCAGAGGGUAGCGAAAAUAUAAGCAAAUUACUGGCUCUGCCCAGACCACGUUGAUCUCUGGCCGCCGAGAUACCGAAUAAUGAAAUUGACCGCAAAAGGACUUCCGUUUCUCAGUGUCAAGGACGAUGAAUACCUGCGGAAAAGGUCCUCCGAAGGAGGAGAAAGGAACGCAGGAAGGAUAUUCAUAACGCACGGCAAGCGGACGACGUGCCGCAAGGUACGUCGAGAAAUCGCGUUCUUCGAGACGAGAUGCUGAACUUUUAACUUUUUCUCGAUUCCGGCAACGACUGAGAGUGCGACGAAGAAGCAGACCAAACAAACGGACACUGUAGAGAAAGAGGGACAAGGAGGGGAGGACAGUGAAAAAUAACAUAGGCAUUUUAAAUCCAAUCGCUAAAAAGUGACUUGAACGUUCGAAGGAUCCUCUUUUGUGUAAUUCCCUUGAAAAUUAAAAAAAAAAUUACAGCCGCCUUCGCAGUCAUCCUCCCGUUAAUCGGCAUAUCCGUUUGCGACGUAUGAAACGAAAGCGCGUUCAUCGUCGACAUCUCGUUCGUCUUCGUUACCGACCGAUCGCUUGGUCGGCCGGUGUCGUCGGGAAGUAAACUAAAAAUUUCAAGGUACCGUCGUUGCACGUUGCCACGCGAGGGACGCAUGGCGUCGGGCUUUCGUUCCCAUCAGCGGUAAUAAUUUAUUCGGCCGUAAAACAAAAUGAAUUAUUCACAAUGCAUCAGCGUGCAAGCGCACUCCGUGACAAAGUAUUGCAAUUUACAGUAAAUCGCCAUUUGCAAGUCGCGCAAAGUACGCCGUGAUUGUACGGGACUGUACUGUAGUCGAGCGAUGUUAAAGUAUGGAUUUGCUUGGCGACGCGUUCACACGUGAGAACGUUAAAUCACUGUUUAGUAACGUUGCCAGGCUAUCGAACGCCUAAUCGUAAUAGUCGACGUCCCGCGGCGACCCGAAUAUUCCCAUAGAAUCCAAGACAAUCGGGAAGUGAAUAAAAACGAGAUCUACCUUAUCGAUAACGAAGGAAUCGCGAAAAUCGUGGGCGCGGAGGAAAUUUAAUUUGCCGAGACAUAAUGCGAGUCUAAAAUCUCACUGAAAUAUGGCGCCGUCCGGGAGCUCGAGGACGGAAUGUGCCCGAACUAAGAAUCGUCCCUGAGCCACGUGGAAAUUUAUGAUAAUAGUGUCACGAGGUCAGCGCGAGUCGACCAGAGAUUAGAGUUCCUACUGCGACGAUAAAUGUGAGCCAUUCCCUUGAUCCAAGCGUCGAGCCGAAUAUUGUCUUGGACAAAUGUGAAUUAGGCCCAAGUCCCAGAAGUACGCAGGCACUAAAAGCACGGAAGAAUGGAGAAGGACAGUGCACGGCAUUAUAGAGCUUACGAAGGCCUAAAGCCGGCCAACAAUGGCAACACGUCCUCCCUCAAGAGAGGUACGGAUCCAUCCAAGAAUCGUUCACGACCAAUAAAAUGUCUUUGCUUUGGAGGUGUACCUGAUAAAGCGAGUCAUCAUUCCUUCCUGAAAGGUUUCAUCAUUAAUCUGGGCAUAUGCGCCCUACUCGUUUCUUACACCCUGCUUGGUAGCUUUAUCUUUCUGGCGAUAGAGGGCGGUAGCGAUGGUAUACAUCAGCGCACCCUAGCGACAACAAUCGCCAGCGGAAAUCAGCCUGCUCGAAGAAAUACAACUGCGUGGCUCAAGCAGAUAACCCACGAAGCCAGAGCGAGGACAGUGCAGAAUAUAUGGGAGCUCACGGUGACCCUGAACAUUCUCUAUCGAGAAAACUGGACCAGGCUGGCCGGUCAGGAAAUCGCACGGUUUCAGGAUCAACUGGUCAAAAGGAUCACGGAGGACGUGAUAGCGUCUCAAAAUGCUGGUACCUUCCUGGGAUCUCACAACGAUGGCGUGACAGAGCGACGAGUUCCUGACUACGAGUGGAACUUUGCGAAAGCUUUUCUAUACUCUCUCACCGUCCUCACAACGAUCGGAUACGGAAGCAUAGCACCUAGAUCAACCUGGGGCAAAGUCGCGACCAUGGGAUACGCCACUCUUGGUAUUCCAUUGACUCUGGUAUAUCUCUCGAGCGCCGGAGGACUCCUGUCCAGGUGCGCCCGGGGUGUCUUCACGCGAGCGCUUUGUUGUUGUCUCUGUUCGAAUUGUGGAUAUUGUUGCUACGACGAGAGGCGAAUGCAGGAGAAGGAGAGACGAAUGAGGAAAAAGCGACAGCAGGAGGAACUCGUCCAGCAGCAGCAACAGUUGCAGCUGCAGGAACCCUUUUACGUAAGGGCAAAUGCUUCGACCUUUCCUAGUUCUGCGGAGAUAAAAACCAGCCCCAAGGAUGAGGUGUCCAGUCUGGGUUCUGGGGAUAGACCAAACGUCACCAUCCUGGCACCUAUCAGUAUCUGCCUCGGUGCCAUGCUCUGCUACAUCAUCGCCGGGGCUUUCACCCUCCACAGGCUCGAGGGUUGGAAUUUUGUUGACGCAAGCUACUUCUGCUUCAUGAGUCUCAGCACUAUAGGGUUCGGAGACAUGGUGCCUGGUUCCUAUCCUGGCAACAACCUCGCCGAAUCCAGGAACGUGACCGUGUGGUUCUGCUCCUGUUAUAUUAUGUCAGGAAUGGCCCUGACUGCGAUGUGUUUCAAUAUCCUGCACGAUGAAAUCGUGCACCGGUUGAGUCAUCAGGUUGAGAAGCAGGAACCCGUCAAGCCCAGUCCCAGUGUGGAUGAGCUCGCUGCGGAUCCAUUUGCACUAACUUCGUGACAAUUUCCGACAAGCACCCUCUGCCACAGAAACGUCACCGAGGAGACGCUCUGCGGCGACACCCCGACGAGCAUCUUCGCCCACGAGAAUGAAAUCAACGUGCUCAAGGACUCGUACAACCAGGUGGACGUCACCAGAGACUGCAAGCCAAUGCUCAAAUUGGAGGAGCAGCUCGCUCCGAUCUCUGCUGUUUACACUCUUCCGGAAGUGGACGAAGAGGCUGAGGAAAACACGGAAAUGUAAGAUCAUUGGCUGAUCUUGUUUGUCAGUGAGCCCUAGGGGACCUCGAUUGGCGAUUCCAAAGGAACGGUUCAACGGUAGAUCUCAGUGAUCGGGACGUCGUGAUUGACAUUGAUAGAAUGAACUUCUUCUCUAUCCUAUCAGUCUCCUUUUCCCAUGGGAAGUCCAUCCUCGACUUAUCCCAGCUGAUCUCAAAUUCCGAGCACAUCGUCAACCAACUUUCCUUGAGGUUGUUUUUCAAAGAUGAUACAGGAUUUUAAUGAAGGCUAGAAAAUCGCACGAAGCUCAUAAACGUCAGCCCAAAUAAGUUUAUUGGACGAGCAUUAAUUGGCACGUAUUUGGGGAUAUUAAUUUAAUGGAAAUAUUGAUUUUGGCUAAUAAAGCACGAUUAUCCAGCGACCCAGGAGCCACGAGCCGUGGUCAGCUGCCCUAGAAUUUUAUUGGCAAAUGCGCCGUUCACGAAGAGACGAAAUAAUCCUGCACCACCGAGCGUACACGGACCGAAGUAAAUCAUGAAAUUAACAUUCUACAUUAACAGUUAACCAUAAUAUAUCAUUCUUGACUAUUAUCGUGAACAAUGUCGACCUAAAUAAUAUUUUAUACGAGCUUCAUGUGUCUAAUGAUUAUCAAGCUCUUCAUUAAUCAACGAGAUCACAAUGUCCCGAUUAAUCAUCGAGAAUUCUUUAACAGUCUAACGUUUCUAUACGCCUGUCUAGCUAGGAACUAAAUCCGUUUUUGUAUUACCAUUCACCAAGUACCAUGUUCUUGUACGUAAUAUAGUAAAUACGCUGAGCGGCUGGUACGUUCGUUCUUCCAGUAUGUCAAACGAAGUAACGAAGGAAGAACCCGCAGUAUUACAAUGCAAUUUUAUACGCUGCGUCUCGAAAGCUUUUCACUUAAGAAUCACUCGAGGAACGAUACGUGCGCGGCAGGAUAGGAAAAAUAAAAAGUUUGUGCUCAAGAACAAUAACUAAAUUAACAAAUAAGAGGUAUAGGCACCGAGUGCUACGAAUGUUGCGUUUAGAAGGACUAUCCACGUUGUUUAACAUUGGUAUUUCGAGUACGUUAUCGAAAUAGUUAAAAAAAAAAAUUAGAUGUAAAAGGGGUUACUAAGUCCACGACGGUGAAUCCUUGCGUUUUCAUCGAUUGGGAAACAAAUAUUCUCAAAGGACUCUUAUAUUAAUAUGGCAAACGCAAGAGGCGGGAAGAUUGUCGAAAAAGCGAGGAAAAAAUGAAAUUAUUAAUUAUAGCGAUUAGAAGAGACUCUUUCGUUUCUUAACAUAUCAUAAGGUAAGACACGGGAAGCGUCCCGACGCCUCCGAUAGCGCGUCUUCUGUCGUUCGGCAAGGUUUCAAAAGCUCCAAGGAUCAUACUCCGAUAUCCCAGGACUCUCCAGUGAAUUCUUGUCAAGAUUAUUUCAAAACGGUGGCUAAUGACAAUCGAUAUUGGCGUCAAGUUUCUUUAGACUAAACGUUAUAGUAACUCGUUGGAAAUUGACACGCCGGAGAGUCCAAAUUUUAUUACUUAAAAACGCGUGUCUUAUAAUAUUUUACAAUUAUUUGUUACUUAACGCUGUUAUCUCGCUUUCGCGUUCUCUAUCUUCUAUCCUGCAUCUUUCUUUCUCUCCCUCUCACUACUGUCUCUAUUUCCUGGAUCUUCUACUCACUCCUUCCCCAACUUUCAGUUUCUCUCUUUUCCCCAGGGAAAUAUAAGGGAGUCGCACGUCCAGGACAUUGCGGCCGGUUCGAAACUUUACUCGCCAAUUUUACGGCAAAAAUUCCAAUAAAACUCAAACACCAUGGGAGUUAUUUUUCUUGUUACGUCCUUCCUAUCUUUAUCCUGCCUCUCGCUAGGUCUCUCGUUCUCUUACAUCCUUCUGCCUCACAGUCUGCCCGACUCCUUGUCGAAUCUUCCUUCCUUAAUACCUUCGAGCAACACUUGCAAAGUAAUGAAGUUAGUUUCUCUCCUUAUGCGCGUCUCGUUUCUUUUUUCUUCGUUUCUUCAUUUCGGCUUCACUACGCAGAGCUUCUAAAUCACCCAUAUGUUAGAUACCACGUAUAUCUGAGAGUCCUAUUCUCCGUCGGAUCAAAUACGAGGAUAAGGAGGAAUGUAUUCACGGAGAACGUGCCUGGUCUUCUUAUUGUACGAAAUUUCACGAAUCGUUUUUCAGGCUCAAUUCUUGUCUACUGAAAAUAAUUAGAAUUCUGACUGAUAACGAGCUUCGCAAGACGUCGUUAUUUCUCAUGAGAAGGAAGAGUCACUCUGUUUGCGCAUGCACAAAUAAAGCUGCCAAUAAAGUCAACGUAGACUAAGACCUUUUUCUGUAUAUAAGACGAGAGAGCAUCCUUUGUACGAUAAUAGGAAUUUAUUAUUAUUGAAAUAAUCAUAAUCGUAUAAUGGUGUUAUGCACGGUGUAAAGUCUGGCAAAAAACUUUUUGCAGAAUAUAUAUAUAAUGUAUCGAGAUGAAUAUGUGUAAAUAGAAUCUGAUGAUUCAGGCAGGAUCGAAAAGAUCUUUUCCAAUCUCUAAAAAUUGUCGAAACGCAUCAUGGACAUUUCUAUUUUAUGGAAUUUCAGUGAACUUCCUAAAGUGAUGGUUAAUAAGUGGAUAAAUGAGGAUUAAUUGAAACGUAAAUUUGGCUUGAAAGGGAAAAAUAGGAAAAUAUUCUCCUGAAAAAGUGUCGCUGGACGAUUUUGGCAUAAAUUAGAGGAAUAAGAGUCAAUGUUAGCCAUUACGAAAAAUCCAUGUAAACUUGCAAACCGACAAGACUUCUGUAAAUAGAAAUAAAUACGCAGAAAGAAGUGCGACAAGGGAACUCAUUGUAAUAUAUGAAAGAAGAGCGCGAAAUGUGAAUCCCUGAAUAUAUUGUACGUCUGUAUAAUCGUUUGUCAAGCAAUGUAUCUUAUAAUACGAAAUAAAAAUAUUAACGACGCGAAAUAAAAUCAAAGAGAACAAAGCGAAAGGCUAUCAAAAUAUUGAAUUAUUAAUUAAAAACGAUUAAUUAAUUUCAGCGUGCUCCCGUCUUAACUAUUAAUUCCUCAUAUUUAUUCCAACGUAAUGACAGUUUUUGAGUUAAUUAAACGACCCGAACAAAUCGGCCUUUUGGUAAUCCGUGAUAAGCAUUUCGGACAUUUCAGAGGUAUCAAAGCGAUUCUGCAAAUCUCUCAUACGCUACGGUGCUUUCUGUUUUCGACUUUCCACGUGGUUUACCUUCCUACCAAACUAUAGAAAUAUCAGUCACGUUUUCAUUGUCCAGAAAAUCCAGUCCGAGUGCAAUUCCAGCUGGAUAUUAACUGUGAAUUUCAAUUUAUCUAUUUCCUAUUUUUGUUUUGCUCGUGAUACUUUUCAUAUAUUAUAAAGACUCAUAGACCAAUAGGACGAUAAUUAGUAUUGAACGAUGUACAUAUUUGGGCUGCCAAUGAAUAAAUUAAUAGAAUAUGAAACUGCAGUCUAUAUCAAAAUGAAAACGAAAAAUGAUCUUAAAUCGCUGAUGUAACUAUGGGAAAUCGAUGGAAAGGUAAAAAUACACGAAUCAAUGAAAACUUGAAAAUUUCAAUAAAGUCAAUGCGAAUUGCGCCUUUCACUUAAUUUUCUGCAUAUAAUCAUAAUGUAUUAUUCAAUUUUGUAAUUUUUUAGAGACACUGAAUUGGUGGAGAUUUUAAUUCUAAACCCCUCGAUGAAUAGGCAGGAAAGUAGAACAAUAAAAGUCUUGUUUUCUUGUAUCUGGUUUUGACUUUACUGUCAAACUGAUAAGAUAUUUGUAACAUUAUUAUUUUGACUUCGUGAGUAAGAACAUUUAUCCUAAUUGGUAUGAAUAAAACUGAAUUUUUGAUCAUUAAAUGAAAAAGUUGUCUUUUCACAAAGU